CAACUGGCUUUGGCAUUUUUUGAGCAUCAGCUGUAUGGGCGCAGCUCUUGCCUAGCGCUAAGAAGAAGCAGCAGCAGCAACGUGUCGGCUGCGCUGCCUGCAGUCAACGUCGACAGCGCUGCGCUAACUUUAGAGAGCGCAUUUUGUUACUUGCUCACGCGCAAGCGCUAGCGACGCUAGGCAGCGACUCUGCUGUGUAGACUCUGCCGCUCUCUCUCUCUACUCUACUCUACACUUUGUAGCUACGUCACGCAGCGUUAGUGUCAGCAGCAGCAUCAGCAGCGGCGGCCAACGCUGCCAGCAAACAGAAAGGUAAACAAAAACCUGUGCGCGUGUUUUGCCAUUUGCCUGGUAUCAAUAAAAGACCGGCCGCUCUACCGACCCUUUGCUAACGAACUGACGGCGCACGUGACGUCAUCAUGAGCCGCUCAGGGCCACGUCGCCUGGCGUUGGCAUUGAACAUUUGGCGGCAAUGCAAGCUGCUCUGCCUGCUGCUGGCCUUUCUGCUCUUCUUCUGCGAAACGGUGCAGGCCAAUCCGGAUGCGAAGCGUCUGUACGAUGAUCUGCUGAGCAACUACAACAGACUCAUACGCCCCGUUAGCAACAAUACGGACACGGUGCUGGUCAAGCUGGGACUGCGACUGUCGCAGCUUAUCGAUUUGAAUCUCAAAGAUCAAAUUCUAACAACGAAUGUGUGGCUGGAGCACGAAUGGCAGGAUCAUAAAUUCAAAUGGGAUCCCUCAGAGUACGGCGGCGUGACCGAGCUCUAUGUGCCCAGCGAGCAUAUCUGGCUGCCCGACAUUGUGCUCUACAAUAACGCUGACGGCGAAUAUGUGGUCACUACCAUGACAAAGGCUAUACUACAUUAUACGGGCAAGGUGGUCUGGACUCCGCCGGCCAUUUUCAAAUCGUCCUGCGAGAUUGAUGUGCGCUACUUUCCCUUUGAUCAGCAGACAUGCUUCAUGAAGUUUGGCUCCUGGACUUACGAUGGCGAUCAGAUCGAUUUAAAACACAUCAACCAGAAGAAUGAUAAGGACAAUAAAGUGGAGAUUGGCAUUGAUUUGCGCGAGUAUUAUCCGAGUGUUGAGUGGGAUAUAUUGGGCGUGCCGGCGGAGCGACAUGAAAAGUAUUAUCCUUGCUGUGCGGAGCCGUAUCCUGAUAUAUUUUUCAACAUCACGCUGAGACGUAAGACUUUAUUCUAUACGGUUAACCUCAUCAUUCCCUGCGUGGGCAUCUCGUAUCUCUCCGUGCUGGUUUUCUAUCUGCCCGCGGACUCGGGUGAGAAGAUUGCCCUUUGCAUUAGCAUUCUGCUGUCGCAGACGAUGUUCUUUUUGCUCAUAUCGGAAAUUAUACCAUCGACGUCGCUGGCGCUGCCGCUGCUGGGCAAAUAUCUGCUCUUUACUAUGCUGCUCGUCGGGCUGAGCGUCGUCAUUACCAUCAUCAUACUCAAUAUACAUUACCGCAAGCCGAGCACGCACAAGAUGCGGCCCUGGAUACGCGCGUUCUUCAUCAAGCGGCUGCCCAAACUGCUGCUAAUGCGUGUGCCCAAGGAUUUGCUGCGUGAUCUGGCCGCCAAUAAGAUUAACUACGGCCUCAAGUUCAGCAAGACCAAGUUCGGGCAAGCGCUAAUGGAUGAGAUGCAAAUGAAUUCCGGUGGCUCCAGUCCAGACUCCAUACGGCGCAUGCAAGGACGCGUUGGCGUCGGCGUCGGUGGCUGCAAUGGCAUGCACAUGACAACGGCAACUAACAGAUUCAGCGGCUUGGUGGGCGCUUUGGGCGGCGGCCUGAGCACAUUGAGCGGCUAUAAUGGGCUGCCAUCGGUGCUGUCCGGCCUGGAUGACUCCAUGAGCGACGUGGCGGCACGCAAAAAGUAUCCGUUUGAGCUGGAGAAGGCCAUACACAACGUCAUGUUCAUACAGCAUCAUAUGCAGCGUCAGGAUGAGUUCAAUGCGGAGGACCAGGACUGGGGCUUUGUGGCCAUGGUAAUGGAUCGACUGUUCCUCUGGCUAUUUAUGAUUGCCUCGCUGGUGGGCACAUUUGUCAUUCUGGGCGAGGCACCUUCGCUCUACGACGACACCAAGGCCAUCGAUGUGCAGCUCUCGGACGUGGCCAAGCAAAUCUACAAUCUAACCGAGAAGAAGAAUUAAAUUCAAAGCAACGUUAACACUAAAAGAAAAUAAAAAUAUGCUAUGGUUCUAUUUAGUUUAAAUGUA